AUGGCGCGACUAAACGAGCCACCGAUUGCACCUGCACCUUCCAUCUCCAGCAUCCCGCCCGCGGAAAGUCUUGAAGCGCUCAAGCGAAGAUUUAUCCGCCAGAAUCGGGAACUGGCAAAAAACAAUUCAGCGCAGUCGCUGAAGAUCCGCGGACUGGAGGCGCAAGUGUCGAAACUUUUGGCGCAGAAUUUGGAACUCAGAGAAGGAAGUUUGAGGUUGGAGCACCGUCUGAGGAAGGGCGAGGGACGACAGAAUGGGGGUGUCAUGAGGGAAUUGAAGAGGAAGUUGGAUGAGUUGAGCGGGUUGGUCGCGGGGAUCAACAAUGAUGAAGACGAGGAGGACGAAUUCCCGGCAGUGAUGGAAGUGGAAAGAGUGCUGAGUCCCAGUCACCAGCAGUAUCGGGAGCGACAACCGCUGGCAGAGUUGAUGCGGGACAGCCAAAUGCCGACAAUCAAUGAAGGCAGGUCGUAUCCGCGACAGACGAUGGAUGCGAAUGAGAUCCGCGCAAUCAGAAUCUCCGACGGAAGUGGUGCGACGGGAAGCCCAGAUCUCGGCCCUCCACCUGUUGCGAGAUUCGAGUACGAAGAGGGGAAAGGUGGCAGUGUUGAGGAGGCUUUGCUUCCGAGCGUAAAUCUGGAGACCAGGCGGCGAAGAAAGGAUGGCCUGAGUGAGCGGGAGAUGCGGCGGAGUUCCAUCCUCGCUUUAUCACCUGUGAAGCUCGAUGUGGAACCCGCGGCGACUUCCAUGCUGCGAACAGGCGCGAAGAGGAAGUUAGCCGAUCGUGAAGGCGAUAGGGCGAGCAAAAAGGAUGACUUUGCCUUCACUCGGAAGCCCGUUCUGGAGCAGCAGCAAGAGAAUGGGAGUCAAGAGACAGUGGACGAGAGGGCUUCCAGCGAACCCGUCAAAGCUCCAACAUCACCAGCCAGAUCUACCAGGAGAGUGUUGGGAGACAAGAGCGUCAACAUGUCGCCUCGCAAGUCCGCUCCUGUCAAAUCCGCAAAGACUCAAAAAGAGGAGCCCAGCAAACCUAGAUCUGCGUCUCGCUCGCAAUCCACCGUCCGCCCGCCUGCGCGCGGAAGAAGGACAUCCUCUGCACCACAAGUUUCUGAUGUACAAUCAGCCGUGACCUCCAUUGAAGUCCCGCCGACCGAGAACUCUCACCCACCUAAAACACCCGCUCCGCCUUUAGACGACCCUUUCUCUCCCUCAACGACCUCUGCUUCUCAACCGGCCGCACCGAUGAACAGGGACACCCCUCCUCCUUCGGACCUCAGCUCCUUGAGUAAUACCACCACUGAUGCGAGACCGAGUCGGAGAGCGAGGAGUAGUGUCAACUAUGCCGAACCCAGUCUGGUUGCAAAAAUGCGAAGACCGGGGAAGGGAAUGGUCGAUGCGAUCAGUGGAUUGCCUACCGCGAGGAGGAGCAGUGCUGAUGCCACCAAAAAAGAAGUUGUGAUCAAAGUGGAGCCGGUAGAUGAAGACGAGUGGGCGAAGGAGGGGAGUCCAUUGCGAGAGAAGAGCACGUCGGCUACUUCCUCUACUUCAGCCACUUCUUCCACUUCUCCGGAGUUGGCAGAUGAUAAGAUUGUUGUUGCGCAGGCGAAGCGGAGAGAAAGUAUGACGGCGGCAGAAAGUCGCAAGAAGCGAGAAGCUAUGAGGACUUCUUCCGCAUCCAGCAUUCCUCCUGCAACAGUCGAAGCCGCGGCGGAGAAGUUGGCUGAAAUGGAUCUUUACGAUUUCAAAGACGAUGAGAGUGGAGGAUCAUCGCCUGCUACUGCUUUGACGGGGAGCGUCGGAGUGGGAAAGGGAAGAAGACAUUCUAGCGUGCUCAAGGAUGUUGGCGGAGUGAAGAUGGUUGGUGCGGUUUCUAAAGUGGAGACUGGGAGAGGAGUUCCCGCUGCAGGGAGGCGGAGGAGUAUGAUGCUGUAG